AGUGUAUAUUGAGCGGGGCGGUUUGGCAGUAUGUAUUCUUUAUCUAACCGACGCUGAGUGAUUCUCGUCCCGGCCGCGGACUAAGCUUUAGAUAGGCGCACGUACUGUGUCAGUGCGGUUGCCGAGCCAUACGUUCGCGUCGAAAAUUCAAGUUUCAAUUCGUGGACGAGCGUGAAAAGCACAUUCGACUAGCCCUUUUGAAUCUCGUCUGACACAAUUGCAAACUUUUUUUUUUUUUCAUAAGGAGAGGAGUUUUGAUUCUACUUUGUCACAAUUGCAAACUGCAAUACUAUUUUUGAUCAGAUCUCACGUAAGGAGACCCAGAGUUCCCAAGAUUUCCCGACUCUAUAAAAUUCCUCUCUCUAUAACUGCAAGAUGAAGUCGCAAUUCGUCCUCAUGUACGUUUUAUACGUAGCCUCAAUCCUAGCUGCGCCUGAAGGGCGGGCAACGACGAGGACCAGCUCUUCUGAAGCUUCUUCUCCCCCUCCCCCUCCUUUCAAAACCUGCACGAGGAACCUGACGCUCAGCAUGAUGGAAGUCGACAGCCCGACGUUCCAGCAUUUCGAGAUCGAGCCGACGCGCGAAUUCAAGUACCUGCAGGUUUCCAUGAAGAUCGACUCGUGCUAUUCGCGCCCCGUUUUUCGGGGGAACCGGUUCCUCUCCGGGGAAAACAUCCAUGUCAACCAGACGGCCGGCGGGAGCCUUCCCCUGGACGUGUCGUACAAGAAGAUCGCGGGCAAGCACGGAUACAGUAUACGCGUACUCGCUGCAACUGGAGUUCUCUUCGCUGAUGACGUCGAUACAGCAGAGAAGUGCGGCAGAUGUCUAGGUUUUAAAGUAAAGGCAGUCGGGGCCAAUAUCUGCACUUUCGUCCUUAGUACCGACGGUGAAAUACAAAACAGAGGUCAGGAAGCCAUGCAGCAAGUAGGCCUAAUCGAUGAACGAGUAGAAAGCAGAAAUGGAGGUCAGAAAGCCAUGCAGCAGGUACGCCUACUCGACGGAGGAGUUGAAAACAGAAAAGAAGGCUUCGUGGCGAAGCAGCAAACGCGAAACGGAGGACAUGAAGAGGAGAACCGAGAUCUGGGACACCAGCAGGAGCUGCAGAAAUCAGAAGGAAGAAGAAGACAGAGGCUCUUGAGUAAGGGAGAGCUCGUCUCCAGUAUCCGACAGCUUACGUUCUUCGUCAACUGGGCAUUUUUAGGAUUCCUUGUCUCAGUUAUGUCUUUGUCCUUCGCAAUGUUUCUCUUGGGAGUUUGUCUCAGGAAAACGAAGUACAGCAAACUUCCACAGCAGCCGGCAGGUACAACUUAAGCAACUGCAAUGAUAUGGAGGACAAGAAUUUCAAAAAUAUGCUCAUCAAACCUGUAUUCAUCUGGAUGUAGUGAUGAAGCCAUUCCUUUAGGCUGAAACCCUCCAGGAUAGGUGAAACAUCAACCAGCGCGAGGGGAUGAGCGCCAAGUAUAAAAAAAACAUCGCUUCGAAAGCGGACAGGAGGAAAAUGGUUCUUCCUUUACAGUGCACCUGUAAUAAUUAUAGGCAGGUAAUUUCAAAGACUGUUCCGAUGGAACAGGAGAUGGACUGGGUGUGUAUCCAUAUAAAAGGCAUAUACAAUACAACAUCAUUAUAAGAGAGAAAAAUAUUUUACACACACAUAUGAGAGUUAAUAUCAAAGGAAAUAUAUAGCUAAGUGGUGGCAUAUACAAUGUGGUAUAGGAUUACAGGGAUACAAUCUAACCUAACUUGAGACACUGCAUUAACUUGAACCUCCCUUUACAUUGCCAGAAAGUUGUAAAAGUAGUAUUUCCAGGGGUACAUCCUAAUGUGAUUUUGCUAACGGCACAGCAGCCCACAUGUCCUGAACCUAGGGUUACAUCCUAACCUAACCAAACCCAACCUAACCUUAACAAGAAUACAUCAUCCUAUCUAUCCCAGACCUAGGGUUUCAUUGGAACCUAACAAGACCAAGAACACAACAUCCUACCUAUCCCAGACCUAGGGUUACUUCCUAACCUAACCUGACCAAGAAACACAGCAUCCUAAAUACUCCAGAACCAGGGUUACAUCCUUACCUAACAUAACUAAGAGCAAAACAUAUUACUAGUCUUGGGCCCACCCUUGAUCUGGCCUCAAAAUCAUGCCUGUUGUACUCAGCCUACCUGAGCAGCUUUGCCUCCCUCAACCACAACACGGAUACAUCAUGGCUAAUCCAGCCUAGGCAGUAGCAUCCCACCUGAUUUGGGGUUUUUUAUCCACAUGGAUUCCCUUUAACCUUCAAUAUGCUUAGCAUCUUGCUUCCCUAAGCUUAGGAGGUUAAAAUUAUUACUCUUUUCCUACAUUAUUUGGUCACUCCUUUGAUAUAUUAGUCCUUUGAUUAUACACACACACACACAUAGUAUACUUAUAUGCAUGUGUUUGUGUGCAAUCUACACUCACUUUAAUUAGCAUAAGACAACAAAGAACACAGUUUUACAAUAUUUACAUUUUCUCAUCCAUGUUAGGACAGUUUUAUGCAGAGAAUAACAAGCAGAUAAGCAAUAAGUGAAAAGUCAUCGUAACUAAACCUAGAAAAAGAGAGAGAGAAACAUAAUCAGUUUGACCUUCGGUACAUUAAAAUUACGACGCAGAUUGACAGGAACGGUCGAAGCAUUUUGAAACCUGACUGAUAUGGCAUGAAACAAAGGAGUUAAUCAUAUAUUGCCGGCUGUUUCAUAGAUAAGCUUAUCAAGUUUUAUCUGACUUAGGUCAUGACUGCCCACCUGAAUAACCACAGAGUUAGGUUGCAUUAUGUUAUAAUACAACAUCACACAUUUAAAGUAAUAUUUUUGCCUUUAUACUAACAAUCAUUAUAUGACUGAUCAACAGCUAUUGUUUUUUUAUGAUGAUAUUGAUAAUGGAUAAUAAACAUGACAUUUUGUUUUGAUGACUGAUUGGUAAUGCUCUCUUACAUACCUAUAAUUCAAACUAUAAUUCCCACUUCCCUUAAAGUAUGUGUAAUGACUGGUGAACCUUGGUCAAACAGAUAUUCAGCUUGCAUGGGCGGACCACUGGGAGUCAGCCCAUUAAAGAAUUAGUUUUUAUUAUAAAAAAUAAGCAGUACUUUACAGGAGUUUAAUGAAUUCUGUUGGGUGUCAGGUCCCAGUGGUCUAUCCAUGAAAGCUGAAUACCCACUUGCCCAAGAUUUCCUGGGCAUUACCAUUGUAGAAAUGUGAAUUACUAACCCAAAAGUUCUAAAGAUACAUAAAAUUGCAAUAUGCAUGAGUCAUCAAAACAAAGGGAGUUCUUCAAAAUCCGUUAUUAUUAUUAUUAUUUUGUUGCAAGUAAUGGCAGUUUUCAACGAAUUAAUCUUAUACAGGGUCUUUUCAAUUCUCCUGAUAAUUCGUUUUUCUGACUUAGCUAAGUUGUUGAGUAGAAUUCCAAUAUUUAUAUUUGUCAUAAUUAGGAUAUUUGUCAAAAAUAGGUUAUCAAAAAUACUUCAUUCUGUAUAUAUUUUGCUUAUAUCUCUUUGAUGGGUAUAGAACCCAAGGCCAUCAAAGAGGUAUAAGCAAAAUACAUAAUAAAAUUUUUUUUGAUAAAACAUUUUUGACAAAUAUCCUAAUUAUGACAAAUAUGAAUAUUGGAAUUCUACUCAACA